AUGUGGGGCUACUCUAACGGUUUAUACCCCGGGUCUACCUCCCAGCUCUCAAGUCGACCCACAACAUCUGCGCCUUCUUCGGUGAUUUCCACCAUGGCUUCUUCCCUCGUUGGGCCGUCUCCUGUUGGCCCGGCGCGGGAACGAGUUCGCUUAAGAGACACGUACAAGCAAGCGGCGCUAUCUAUCAUCGAAUCACUUCAGUCUCGAUCUAAGCCUACCUACACGCACACCGAUCUCGCUCAAUUUGGAUUCUCCGUUCAAUCCUUCGAUCCCGAGGAUCCAGAAUUCACCGAUUCCGAAGCUUGUCUCUUCCAGCCUCUCACCCCGGAGGAGCUUGAAGAAUUCGAGGACACAUUCAAUGAAUUCCCGCAAACUUACUCGGUCCCCGAGCAUUGCCGGAUGUGGGACAGAGCUUCUCAAAUUUCAUUCUGUCUUGAAAUCUUCGAGUCAAGCUACAAGAAGGAAAUGCAUGAAGAUACUGUCUCAAUAAGAGACGUCUCGUACUGGGAUAAUAUCAAGGCUGAAGACUCUUUCCACGAUACUGGAGAUGGAAUGUUAUUGGGUGUUACAAUCGGACAUUCGACGCCUCAAACCCUUCCAAUGUGGCACACGGAUUCUACCUGUCAAUGGUUGGACGAAAAUUUAAAGACCACUCGCCCUCACAUCAAGCUUGUGACUCUCACUGGCGCAGAGGCGAAAGAGAAUGAACUACUCCAUGGAGAGCUAGGGUCUAUUUCAAAUGCUAUCUAUUGCCGUCUCAACCAGCCAGAAUUUGAGACUACCUCGAUCUUCCCAGUACUCAUGCUUUCGCUCUUCGGGCCAAGGCAUGGCCGCCUGCUGCAGGCUAAAUUCCACAAUUCUGGCACCCUAAAUGUCCAGUCCUCCCCGAUUUACAAUUUCGUGGACAGCAAUGAAAAGAUGAAGCUUUUCGUUCGUUACAACAAUUGCAAACCCCGAGAUAGUAAGGAGUCCGAGCCUGUUCUCAUUGCUGAAGAUUCUCCAGCUCCUCGUGUUCAGCAUCCAGCCUCGCUCCUCGAAUCGAACAAGGGAACCCUCUCUCUAGUAGCUGAAAUCGCUUUUUGA